AUGGCAAGAACUAAGCAGACCGCACGUAAAUCUACCGGAGGUAAAGCCCCCAGAAAGCAGCUGGCCACCAAGGCUGCCCGUAAAAGCGCCCCGGCCACCGGCGGCGUCAAGAAGCCUCACCGUUACAGGCCCGGUACCGUGGCUCUGAGAGAGAUCCGUCGCUACCAGAAAUCCACCGAGCUGCUGAUCCGCAAGCUGCCCUUCCAGCGCCUGGUCCGAGAAAUCGCUCAGGACUUCAAGACCGACCUGCGCUUCCAGAGCUCCGCUGUCAUGGCUCUGCAGGAGGCCAGCGAGGCUUACCUGGUCGGUCUGUUCGAGGACACCAACCUGUGCGCCAUCCACGCCAAGAGGGUCACCAUCAUGCCCAAAGACAUCCAGCUGGCCCGCCGCAUCCGUGGAGAGAGAUUGCUGGAUAUUGGCAGGAACUGGAACAUGCUGUCGUAUACGCCGAUCCAGAGCAUCCCAAACAUGCUCAAUGGGUCACGUGUCCGCAGCUGUCUGAGUGGCUGGUCUCAGACGAUCUUGGAGGUGAACAUGCUGGAUGUGGAGGUCCUGGGCUGGUGUGGUUACACGUGGUCUGCAGUUGUGAGGCCGGUUGGAUUCUCUGAAACGCCUUUGGAGACGGCUUAUGGUAGAGAAAUGAACAUUCAGUUCACGGUUAACGUCGAUCAGAUAGUAAACAUGAGUGGAAGAGGCAAAGGAGGAAAGGGACUCGGUAAAGGAGGCGCCAAGCGUCACCGUAAAGUUCUCCGUGAUAACAUCCAGGGAAUCACUAAGCCCGCCAUCCGCCGUCUGGCUCGCCGUGGCGGAGUCAAGCGUAUCUCCGGUCUCAUCUACGAGGAGACCCGCGGUGUGCUCAAGGUCUUCCUGGAGAACGUCAUCCGUGACGCCGUCACCUACACCGAGCACGCCAAGAGGAAGACCGUGACCGCCAUGGACGUGGUGUAUGCUCUCAAGAGACAGGGCCGCACUCUGUACGGCUUCGGCGGUUAA